CGCCAGCCUGGCUCAGAGCUCUUCCCCAUCGCGAUUAGGCUGAAUCUGUUUAUUGUCGCUCCUGGGGCUCCGCCACCAACUUUCCACGCAGUGCGCUCUAGGGCAGGGGGAGAGCGGGCAGCUGGGUCCUGCGAUCUGGGCUGCAUUUACAGGGGCACAUGCCGCUCUAGAACCCCGCUGGAGCUCGCAGGGGUUCUGGAACCCGGCCCAGUGCGUUCUAAGCGCGGGGGGGGCAGCGAGGGUUUCCGCUGCUCCAGCUCCAUGUGCAGUGCUGGAAAUCGGCCGACUCGCAUCCGAGUGGCGCCCCUCAGCCCCGGGCUGGGGGAAGCAGUGCUAGAACCCGGCGCAGUGCGAUCUAGAAGGCAGACGCCACUGCCGCUUCUAGGACCCGCUACGUUCUAGAGGGCGCAGGGAGCCGCUCUAGAACCCAGCCGGAAAGCCCCGAGGUUUAGCGCCUCCGCGGCAGGUGGAGCAGUUUUGGAGCCCGACGAGCCGCGUUGCAGCGAUCGGCGCUGAGCCGCUUUAGACCCCGCCGGGACCCGAUCUCUGCAGGGGAAGGGGGCAGCUCUAGAACCCAGCCAGCGGGGUCCAGAGGGGCUCGCCCGGUGCAGCCAUGCUGGAGCCGGCGGUGCGGCUGGCCCUGGGAGCCGGCGAGCUGGUGGCUCCGGGACCGCAGCUCUCGGAGCGGCUGGCCGAGCUGCAGGCGCAGGUGCUCGCUUCCCUCUGGCCCAUGCUGCUGCUGGGAGGGGCCGUGGCGCUGCUUGUCCUGUUGGGGAUGCUCCGGCGCUGGGGCCGGGCGCGGCCGGGCCCCCAGCGCAGCGCGGCGGGCGAGGAGGGUGGCGCUGGGUCUGCCAGCUACGAGGCCGGACGGCUGCCAGCGCGGGCCCCGCGGACCCAGAACGGGAUAGCUGGGCAGCAGGAGCAAAGGGCGAGGCAGAGCCACGAGGCAAAGGUUCCAGUGAAUUGUCAGCUUCUAACCUCUGUCAGCAUGAGAGAAAAAAAGCUACUGAAGUCUAAGAAAAAGAAGAAGACCCAGUGCGCAGAAAAGGGGGCAUCAAAAGACCACGUCUCUGCUGAAGAAGACAAAUUGCCAGAAGAAGAGGAAGGUGUUUGGCAGACCAAGAUCAGUAGCCGAGAAAAAAGACACUUAAGGAAAGAACGGCUGAAACAAAAAGAAAACCCUAGCAGAGUGUCACCCGGUACCUUGGUGGUUGAAGCAGUCUGUGAUGGGAAUGGGAAAGGAACUGUUUGGCCACACACUGUGAGUAGGACGGAGGACAACAGCAGUAGUGGACAGGGAGCUCUCUGUGAGUCAGGGACAAAGACAGACGAUGGUUCCGCUGUAAGGAACUCGGAAGCCACAGGAGAAGAAUCUGAGCCCACACGAUCUGAAGAGGAUGUUUUUUCCAAUGUAGGAACAUGGGACGUUGCAGAAGCAAAAGCUUAUCCUGUGACCUUUGGGACUUUACCAGAGCUGUCCAUGGAGUUAAGUAAUCUGAAGAGUAAAUCAUCUCAGGACAGCCCCUCCAAAUAUAAUUGGAAUGCCAGCUUACCCUUCCUCACAGUGGAUGAUGCAUGGCUUGGGCAGCAUGAUCCCUUAGCAAUUGACCUCAAUUCCGAUUGGAAUGCUCCCACAGAGGAGUGGGAAAACUGGCUGGGAGAGGAGGAGACGUGCACAGGACCAGAGAGAGAGAAGCCUCAGCAAGGUUGGGAAAUGAGAACAGAGGAAGGUCCAAGGGAGCUGAUAUCUAUGAAACACAGUAGUCAUGCUAUCUGUACCUCUUUCAAAAUACCCGAGCACCCUGCUAACAAUUUACCCCAUAAUGAUGUACCUGGUAAAAAGGAGAGGCGGAAGAGGAAGAAAAUGAGGAGAGAGACUUGAUGGGGCUGUGUAGCUGACAGUGUGAAAACCAAAUAGCACGUGUGCUGAUUAGCUGCAAGAGUUCUGCUUUCUGUGGUGAUGCACUGAGCCCAAAGCAAAGAGAGGAUCUAGAAGAAUCCCAAUAAAUGGGAGAAGAGGAGAACAGGAACAGUGAGUGGGAGAAGAAGAGGGAGAGUGAGUGUGUGUGUGUGUGUAUGAGAAGAGAGAGAAUGAACCAUGAUAAUGUGUGCAGGAGCUGGUGUUGAAACAGAAUUGCUGUUUAAAAACAACCCACUGCCCUUGAUCACUUAAAGAAAACUAUUGAGUAGGUUUUAGCCCAUUUGCAUUAAAACCUUCAGUGUCCUAUUACUUAUCAACUUAUCAUGUUGUAUGACAUUACAGAAUUAGUCAAAAUCCAUAAAUGACUACGAUUGUAUUUAAAUUCUAUAGAGGAUCCACCCUUUAUUCCAGCCUCCAUUUGCAAUUUAAAAUGUGACGUGAGCAGGUGUGCUCAUUGACAGGUUAAUAAUGUACACAAGGUGGGUAGUACAUGCUAAAGCAGAUGUAAGUCAUAAGAAAGCAGUUGUUAGACCUACGAAGAACAGCACCGCUCACCCGCAAAUCUUCUCUUGAAUCUUUUUAACCCCUUGCAGCUGUUGAAGUUGGAUUUUUACCUAACACAGUGACAUUUUAAGCAUGAUCCUUUUGCUAUAACUGUAUUUUAGCCAGAGAGAUCUUGUUGAGUAUAUUUUUCCAACCUGCAGUUUGGCAGUUUUUACCAUUUUAUUACUUAAUUUCUAACAUCAUAAGCCAAGUAUCCAGAUGAAAGUUAAAAAAAAUCUGAUGUUUUUUAUAGUGAAGGGCAUAUACUUCUCAUCUUCAAAGGGCAAUUUAAAACAGAAAAUAUCCAGUAAAGAAAAGCAAAUUGUUCUACCUUAAAUGCCAGGAGUCUGUGAAAGGUGUAAGGUUGACACCACUGGUGGCUCUUUAUCCACAGAACUUCUACAACACAGCAGUAAUGCUGCCCUGUACUGCCCAGAGAAUGUGCCUCAACCCUGAUCCAUCUUGGCAAGGCCAUCUCGAUGGGUGAGAUGAUAGUUAUUCAGUCUCUGUGCCUAUUGAACUCUGAUGAAACUGCUAAAAAGGGUUCCAGUUACUGUUGGGUGUAAAAUGGACAUUUGUUCCCAGUUGGUCUGACAUCACAAAAGUCAUUUCACAUAGGCCACCGUCAGCUGUUAACAGCUUGGAGUCAUUACCAGCUACAAUCACACUGGAACCACUGAGCUAGAGGUAAAAAGCUCCAUACCUCAAUACCUUGAACCACACAGUCCCUGUUGCCAAUGUAUUUGUGUAAAUGUAAUCUUAUCUAAAACCCUGAAUGGUUACAUGUUGGCUUUCACCCAUGCUGUAGGAUUUAAAGCAUUAGUAUCCCUUAAAGAAACUACUGCACAGAAAUACUGUAUUUAUAAUCGUGUUAGUCUGUAUUCACAAAAAGAAAAGGAGUACUAGUGGCACCUAGGAGACUAACCAGUUUUCUAAAAGAGCAAUUAUCCUAUGGUCUAAGCACCUUUGACACAAAUUAAAGAUACAGUUAAUCAAAGUAAUACCAGCAGCUAACCUACUACCAUAAAACAUCCCUCCCUCCACAGACAAGCGCCCCAUCUAGCCCCUUCCUCACACAGAACCAGAGAUAAUAAAUGAGCCUUGCAAUAUGCCCUGAAGGUGAACAAAAUAAGAUUAGUUCAGAGUCAGACACAUAGUUUUGGGCUUUUUUCCCCAUCACACAGGAUAUUUUUCAUUCAAUAGUACACUUUAGAAUUUGCAUAUCUUAAUGCUUACAUAUCAGUUAAGAGAAAAUAUAGGCAAUUUAUGAAUGAGGCUAAUAAAGCAAACAAUAUCUUCCCUGACAAGCAAUUUGUUAAUACAUAUGCAUAAAACUAACAAGAAAAUACUUGACCUUAUUGGGAAAACAAAUCUGGUAAGGAUUAGGAUUUAGAGGAUGGAUUAAUUAAAUAUGUAAAUAACAGGUAAAAUUCUAGCCCCAUUGAAAUCAAUGGCAAAGCUCCCAUUAAUUCCACUGUGGCCAGGGUUUUACCUGAAAUCUUUAUUUAGCAGCAGAAGAUAAUUUCCAUUGCUGAAUACAAAGAAAAAUAUCUUAAUAAAAGAUGUAAGAGAAGUUAAUAAGGUUGGUAGACUCAGAAUUUCACCAACCUUUUUCUAUGUGUCUGUCUGCAAACUUUGCAAUGUUGUGUAAUGUUGUUUUAUUUCCAAAGUGAAAUGUUUUAUUUGUACUUAUUUUUCUAAUAAAAAAUAUUAAAAUCA